AUGACAAAAUUACAAGUUAGAAUGUUUAAUACAACACAAAUAAAUGUUCAUACUAAUAUCAAGUUAACUAAUCUAGUAGCUAUUACCGUUAAUUUAGAAAAAACGGAAUAUACAAAAUACAAAAAUCGACCAGAUGACAACGUGUUGAUGUUGAUAAAUAUUAAACAAAUUUUAACGUACGUAUCUUUUUCAUCACCACCAUCAUCAAAACAAUCAAUAACUGAAUACGAAUACGAUUGA